AUGGCAGACCUCCAUAAAAUUCCGUUUGAACUAUUGGUGCAAAUCCUAUCCAGGCUGCCACCUAAAUCUCUAAUGCGAUUCAAGUGCAUCCAUAAGUCAUUCGAUGCUCUGGUCAAUAAUCCCCAGUUCGCAGUGAAGCACCUCCACUAUUACAAUGAACGCUCCUCCUCUACUUGCAUUCUUUUCAGGCGUACUGCCGAGCACAAGACCGAAAAUGACAAGCAGCAAAUUUACUUUUCAUUCCUUCAUCUUCGCUAUGACAAUGACGUUGAUGAUGGUGAUGACCAUAGCCUUCAUUUCAGUUUGGAGGAUAUCCAUUUUCCACUUUCUAUGGGGUUAAAGGUUAGGGGGCCGUUUAUUGAGCUCCCUGAUAUUAGCGGUACAGGUCUUCGUGAUGAAUCUGUUACUAUUUUAGCUCAUUGUGAUGGAAUUUUUUGUGUAUCUCUUUACGGUGGCAACCUUGUUCUAUACAAUCCAGGAAUCAACGAAUUCAAGAUCAUUCCCGAGUCAUGCCUUCGAGAUGGUAUCGGAUUCUUUGUAGGAUUUGGCUUUGAUCCAAAAUCUAAAGAUUACUUACUUGUUAGGAUUGUAUCUUUCAAAGACCUAUAUGAUGGCGAGUAUGAAGAGCAUCUCGUUAUUCAACCUCCUAGGGCAGAAGUGUACACAUUGCGUGCUAAUUCUUGGAGAGAGGUCAAUGCUGAUAAUUUACAUACAGAAACCAGAAACAUAUUUGGCUUGGAUUGUCAGACAUGCUUCAAAGGUAUUUUCUAUUGGAAGGGAUAUGACGAACCGAGAGAAUACAUGUCAUCUUAUGACAGAGAUGUGGAGGAUCUAAAGUAUCUGGUUAUUUUAUUUGAUGCGUGUGACCGAGUAUUUCAUAGUGUAAAACUGCCGGAGUGUUUCUACCAGUUUCCACUUCAUGAAUUUAUCCUUACCGUGUGGAAUAAUUCCGUUGUUCUUUAUGGUUUUUAUCGCGGUGGAGAUCAACCUUUUGAAAUUUGGGGGAUGGACGACUUUGCUACUACUGGUAUCAACUGUUCUUGGACAAAACACAUUUCCAUUGUGCUCACAUUGAAGGCUGAGAUCCGGGUUCCACUUAUAUUGGGACUUUGGAAGAGCGAUGAGGUUCUUCUGCUUGCCAAAAAUGGAUGCCUAGUCUCCUACAAUUUCGUUACCGAUAAACUUAAACAUCUACCCAUUCAUUAUUUGUCUCAUGGAAAUUAUAACCAAGUUGUCUGUAAACGUAGUAUAGUUUCGGUUAAUGGUGGAAAUAAGUUUGAAAGCAAAGAUGUAAUUUCUAACCGCGUCUCUUGUCCUUGA